UAUAAUAAGUGUAUUUUCCUUCAGGUUGUGUUCCCCGUUUCUGCCCCUGUAGAAGUAACUAGUGUUGAUGAGGAUGAUCCUGGUGGCUCUGCUGGUGCCUCUACUGGUUCUGUCCAGCGCUGGACGUACCUCAGGUACGAUUGUCACCAGCUGCGAGGCGUGUCACGAACAAGCCGUCUGCCACACCUCGCCCAUGGCAGGUGACAUCACAUGCACCUGUAAGAAGGGCUUCUCCGGAGACGGCCUCAUCUGUUUACCUGGCCACACCGCCACCGCCGCCCACCACCACGCCCCUCGCCGUGUCCGCCGCUCCAACACCAACCUUGCCCAUGUCCGGUUCAGCUGCGGCUUUAACGAGUGCGCCGACGGGGAGGACUGCAUCACGGUCGCCGGCAUCCAGCAGUGCUCCAACCCCUGUAAGAUCUACACGGUCCUGAACGACGCCUGGCGUUCCACCAACAACCACGUGGGCAACAAGCACUGCGACCGCAACGUCCGCUGGGACGGCUAUUACCGCAUGUUCAUCGGCAACCAGAGCGUGUCCAUGCCGGACAAGUGCGUGGAUUCCUUCAAGUGCGGCACCCAGGCUCCCUUGUGGCUGGCGUUUCCUCCCCCCCAGCAGGUGGAUGAAAUUGUCCAGAGUGCCGUCUGCGCCAGCUUCAAUGGGGACUGCUGCUGGGUGCAGUCUCAGCCCAUCCACGUCAAGGCAUGCCCUGGGAACUACUUUGUGUACAAGUUCGUCAUGCCUCCCGGGUGCUACUUCGCCUAUUGUGCAUAUGUGUCAGCUCCCACCACAACACCAAAACCAGUCACAUUUACAGAAAUGCCAGUAGAGAACAAUCGCACCACAACAACAACACAGUCACAGGUUUCCACGACUACGCCAAAAGCAAUGUGUGGUACCUGCAGAGCGGGGGAGACCUGCGUGAGCACCGAUGGGGUCACUUGGCGGUGUGAGAGGCCAGAUCAGCCUGUUUUGCUGCACCCAGAGGUAGUAUGUGGGCGGAGCCUGGUACAGGUGGGUCUCAACAGGACUAACCUGGAGGCCGCUGGUCUGGACGCCACCACCGCUAACCUGGCCGACCCCCGGUGUAACGCUCACGAAGAGCGUGGCGGCAUGGUAUGGUACCAGGUGGAGCGCAAGGAGGGCGCCUGCGGAAACACUCUGGUGACAAACGGAACGGAUGCCAUCUUUUCCAACAGUUUAUUCAUCUACCACGUUCCCGACGUGUCCUUCAGCCGACCCGUGAGCGUGCCUUUCUCCUGUGCCUACCCUCUGGAAUCAGAGACCAGCCUGGAUGUGGCCAUCAAACCCUACCUGUCGCUGAAGGGUUCCAAAGUCGGUAAGGGCUCCAGAGUGGGCUCCAACAUGACUCUGUACCACAGCGACGACUUCACAAAGGCUUACCCAGCGGGCGGAGUCACCUUGCCGGUGGGUUCCGUGCUGCACGUGGGCGUGUCAGUAGAGGAGUCCGAGACGGAGCGUUUCGUGGUCGUUCUGGAGGACUGCUAUGCCACGCAAUCCCCCGACCCUAAAGACAUCAUGCGAUACUACAUCAUUCAGAACAAAUGUCCGACUGAAUUCCGUCAGGUGAGGGUGGAGGAGAGCGGCUCGUCUCUCAGGGCUCGCUUCUCUGCUCUGCUGUUCCUGUACCAGGGGGACUACCGGGACGUCUUCCUGCACUGCAGACUCAGCCUGUGUGACCAGAGGAGCUCCUCCUGCACUCCAGUGUGCACCAAAAGGAAAUACCGCUCUGUCACCCCCUCUGUCCCCCUCGAACCCGUCACCAUCGGACCAAUCACCUGGUCCCAAUAUGAAGAUUGAACUUGUCAUGCUUCCUGUAUCCUAAACAAUGAAUCCAGUAUCUAAAUAAUUUAUGUAAAGUUCAUAAACCUGUCUCACCUAUACAUCAUUUAUGUCCUAAACCAGGCCAUUUCAUAUUUAAUAUCUUACAUACAUCCAGUUAUAAAUAAUGAUAUUUUAAGGAUAUUUUUAUAUUUCUCGUAUUUCUAGAAUGAUUAGUAAAAUAUUUAUAUUUGAACCAACACAAAUUCAUUGUUGAACCUUUAACUAAGGUUUGAGGCCAGAAAGUGUAUGUGCUGGUCACUAAUGUUUGUAACGUAAAAAUACAUGGACAUCUAGUUGGGAUUAUAUCAACACAAACAUCUCCCUUUUCUAGUUUAAACUGCAGCUAUAAUAUCAUUUCAUCCUAUUGCUCUAAAAUGCUUUGUAUGUGCAGCAAUUUAAUAGUGUUAAUAAAAUAUAAAUGAUAAAUAUA